AUACGCAUAUAACUGGUCAUGAGGAAGUGAAAGCGUCAGUGAUUGUGUCAGGGACACUGAGUGAGACAGAUGGUUAAUUUUUACUAUUUUUUAUUUUCUGUCCAUCGUCAUAUUGUGCAUCUUGAAAAAAGAACAUUUCUUACAGUGACGCGGAUGUUCGCUACACUCGAACAGGCUUAUUUGUGGGUUUAGCCUACAGAUGAUACCAAUAUAUUUGAACAAUUCCAUUCCCAACGGCAGCAUAAUUUUAAAAUCGUUCAAUUGGUACGUGUAGACAUUAAAAUUAGGCAAAUGUCUACAUGCAAGGAAUGUGUGUCUCUUCUGGGUAACUAAUUAAAUACAAUAAAUGAAUGCAGCUAAUGCAAAUAAGAAGGCUUACUUGAACCAGUAAAAAAGUAACAAAAAAAAGGUCAAAAGAGGAAGAGGAACUGUUUCAAACUCAAACGCCAUUUUAAAGACGGAGGACAAAGAGGAUGCAGUAAAAAAAAAAGGAAUAAAACUGGAUAAAAGAACGGAAGGCUGUACUGCAUGAAAAUCACAGGAGGGCAGCUGUUUCUGUGAUGCUGGAACCACCACAUCUGGCACCAUCCAUCUGGCACAGUCAAAGUCGCUUAGAUCACACAUUUUGCCCAUUCUAAUAGAUAGGGGGCGCUGUUUCUAAAAUGAAUCUCUCAGAGGAGCCAAAGACCAAAGGAGGAACCCUCAGCAGUGAGAGGAAGAGGGUCCAGGUAGAAAGAGCAGGGUCACCUGUACCCAGCUGUGUGUCUCUGAAGAGUGAUCGUUCAAUGGGUCUUCCAUUCAAUUUCAGAGGAGAGUUCACAGGUGAUCAAAGGGUCCAGGUAGAAAGAGCAGGGUCACCUGUACCCAGCUGUGUGUCUCUGAAGAGUGAUCGUUCAAUGGGUCUUCCAUUCAAUUUCAGAGGAGAGUUCACAGGUGAUCAAAGGGUUCAGGUAGAAAAAGCAGGGUCACCUGCACCCAGCUGUCUGUCUAUGAAGAGUGAUCGUUCAAUGGGUCUUCCAUUCAAUUUCAGAGGAGAGUUCACAGGUGAUCAAAGGGUCAAGGUAGAAAGAGCAGGGUCACAUGUACCCAGCUGUGUGUCUCUGAAGAGUGAUCAUUCAAUGGGUCCUCCUCUCAAUUUCAGAGGAGAGUUCACAGGUGAUCAAAGGGUCCAGGUAGAAAGAGCAGGGUCAUCUGCACCCAGCUGCCUGUCUAUGAAGAGUGAUCAUUCAAUGAAUACACUAUUCAAUUUCAGAGGAGAGUUCACAGGUGAUCAAAGGGUCCAGGUAGAAAGAGCAGGGUCACCUGCACCCAGCUGCCUGUCUAUGAAGAGUGAUCAUUCAAUGAAUACACUAUUCAAUUUCAGAGGAGAGUUCACAGGUGAUCAAAGGGUCCAGAUAGAAAGAGCAGGGUCACCAGUACCAAGCUGUCUGUCUACGAAGAGUGAUCAUUCAAUGGAACCUCCAGUCGAGUUCAGAGGAGAGUUUACAGGUGAUCAAAGGGUCCAGGUAGAAAGAGCAGGGUCACCUGUACCUAGCUGUCUGUCUAUGAAGAGUGAUCGUUCAAUGGAUCGUCCAGUCAUGUUCAGAGGAGAGUACCCAGGUGAUCAAAGGGUCCAGGUAGAAAGAGCAGGGUCACCUGUACCCAGCUGUGUGUCUCUGAAGAGUGAUCGUUCAAUGGAUCGUCCAGUCAUGUUCAGAGGAGAGUUCACAGGUGAUCAAAGGGUCCAGGUAGAAAGAGCAGGGUCACCUGUACCUAGCUGUCUGUCUAUGAAGAGUGAUCGUUCAAUGGAUCGUCCAGUCAUGUUCAGAGAAGGUUUCACAGGUGAUCAAAGGGUCCAGGUAGAAAGAGCAGGGUCACCUGUACCCAGCUGUGUGUCUUUGAAGAGUGAUCCUUCAGUGGAUCCUCCACUCACUUUCAAAGGAGAGUUCACAGGUGAUCAAAGGGUCCAGGUAGAAAGAGCAGGGUCACCUGUACCCAGCUGUGUGUCUAUGAAGAGUGAUCAUUCAAUGGAUCCUCCAGUCGCUUUCAAAGGAGAGUUCACAGGUGACCAAAGGGUCCAGGUAGAAAGAGCAGGGUCACCUGUACCCAGCUGUGUGUCUCUGAAGAGUGAUCGUUCAAUGGAACCUGUAUUCAAUUUCAAAGGAGAGUUCACAGGUGAUCAAAGGGUCCAGGUAGAAAGAGCAGGGUCACCUGUACCCAGCUGUGUGUCUCUGAAGAGUGAUCAUUCAAUGAAUCCUCCAGUCUAUUUCAAAGGAGAGUUCCCAAGUGAUCAAAGGGUCCAGGUAGAAAGAGCUGGGUCACCUGUACCCAGCUGUGUGUCUCUGAAGAGUGAUCAUUCAAUGAAUCCUCCAGUCUAUUUCAAAGGAGAGUUCCCAGGUGAUCAAAGGGUCCAGGUAGAAAGAGCAGGGUCACCUGUACCCAGCUGUGUGUCUCUGAAGAGUGAUCAUUCAAUGAAUCCUCCAGUCUAUUUCAAAGGAGAGUUCCCAGGUGAUCAAAGGGUCCAGGUAGAAAAAGCAGGGUCACCUGCACCCAGCUGUCUGUCUAUGAAGAGUGAUCAUUCAAUGGUACCUCCAUACAAUUUCAGAGGAGAGUUCCCAGGAGACCAAAGGGUCCAGGUAAAAAGAGCAGGGUCACCUGCACCCAGCUGUCUGUCUAUGAAGAGUGAUCGUUCAAUCAAUCCUCCACUGAACUUCAGAGGAAAGGUCACAGGUGACCAAAGGGUCCAGGUAGAAAGAGCAGGGUCACCUGCACCCAGCUGUGUGUCUCUGAAGAGUGAUUGUUCAAUCAAUCCUCCACUGAACUUCAGAGGAAAGGUCACAGGUGACCAAAGGGUCCAGGUAGAAAGAGCAGGGUCACCUGUACCCAGCUGUCUGUCUAUGAAGAGUGAUGAUUCAAUGGAACAUCCACUCAAAUUCAGAGGAGAGUUCCCAGGUGAUCAAAGGAUCCAGCAGUCACUGAAGUCCAGCCCUUCCGAAGGGAAGAGUUCAGAUAAAUUAUCUUCCGCAAAAAAGUCUCUCCUGCGCAAUCUGAAGAAGCUGAAGAAGGAUGAGUUGAAACAGUUUAAGAGCCAUCUGAGUCAGGAUUGCCCAGAAUGCCUUAAAAUUAUGUCUGAAGAUCCUUCUGUACUGGAUAAGUUUAUGAAGAUCAAUAAAUUAUUUGAGAGUCAUCAAAUUUCUGAUUACCCAGAAUGCAUUGAGAGAGAACAGGAAGAUUCUGAGGCUGUGUACACAGUUGAGAAGAUGCUGGAGACCUGUGGCAGUGAGAGGUCUCUGAAGAUCACACUCCACAUCCUGAGGAACAUGAAGCAGAAGGAUCUUGUCGACUCACUGGAGAGAGAUGAGCACAAUGAAUCCACAAAAAGAGCCCAGCAGGAACUGAAAACUCAUCUGAAGAAGAAGUUUGAGUGCAUAUUUGAAGGAUUAGCAAAGCAGGGCCACCCAACCCUCCUGAAUAAGAUCUAUACAGAGCUCUACAUCACAGAGGGGGGAAGUGGGGAGGUCAAUAAUGAACACGAGGUCAGACAGAUUGAGACAGCAUCCAAGAGACAAACCACACAGGAGACUGCAAUUCUCUGCAAUGACAUCUUUAAGCCUUUACCUGGACAAGAGAAACCCAUCAGAACUGUGCUUACAAAGGGCAUCGCUGGCAUUGGGAAAACCGUCUCUGUACAGAAGUUCAUUCUGGACUGGGCAGAAGGAAAAGCCAAUCAGGAUGUUGAUUUCAUCUUCUCCCUUCCUUUCCGAGAUCUGAAUUUGAAGAAGGAAAGAGCAUUCAGUCUGAUGCAACUUCUGCAGCACUACUUUCCACAGCUGGAAGAGACCAAAAGUGUUGAAGGUGAUGAAGUAAAAGUGGUGUUUAUCUUCGAUGGUCUAGAUGAGUGUCGACUUCCUCUAGAUUUCAAAAGAAAUAAGAACUGCUGUGAUAUAACAGAGUCAUCGUCAGUGGAUGUGCUGCUGACCAACCUCAUUAAGGGGAAUCUGCUUCCCUCUGCUCUCCUCUGGAUCACCUCCCGACCAGCAGCAGCCAGUCAGAUCCCUCCUAAGUGUGUCCACCAGGUGACAGAGGUACGAGGGUUCAAUGACCCACAGAAGGAGGAGUACUUCAGGAAGAGAAUGAGAGAUCAGAACCAGGCCAGCAGAAUUAUCUCACACAUAAAGUCAUCCAGGAGUCUCUACAUCAUGUGUCACAUACCAGUCUUUUGCUGGAUUUCUGCUACUGUUCUGGAGACAAUGUUGGGUGAAACAGAGAGUGGAGAUCUGCCUAAAACUCUGACUGAAAUGUACACACACUUCCUGCUCAUUCAGACUAAUGUGAAGAAUAAGAAGUAUCAUUGCACUGAUGAGACAAACCCAGAGAUCUCAGAGUCAGAUACAGAAAUCAUCCUGAAACUGGGGCAGCUGGCUUUUCAACAGUUGGAAAAGGGAAAUCUGAUAUUCUAUGAAGAGGACCUGAGAGAGAGUGGAAUUGCUAUCUGUGAAGCUUCAGUGUACUCUGGGGUGUGCACAGAGAUCUUUAAAGAGGAGUGUGGGUUAUAUCAAGAGAAGGUCUACUGCUUUGUGCAUCUGAGCAUUCAGGAGUAUCUGGCUGCCUUGUUUGUGUUUCAUUCAUGUGUAAAUGUGAACAGAAAUGUACUCAGAGCAGAAGAAUCAAAACCUCACAGUGACGGACUGGAGCUGUCUGAGUUGCUGAAGACUGCAGUGGAUCAGGCAUUAGGGAGUAAGAAUGGACACCUGGACCUUUUCCUUCGAUUCCUUCUUGGCCUCUCUCUGGAGGCCAUUCAAUCUUUCUUGGGAAUAAUGACAGGAAGUCAAUCUGAUGGAGAAAAACACAAAACAAGGCCCAGUUUUACUCUAUUUCUCGGUCUAUGGGCAGAAAGCAGAUCACAGAGCAUUGGGAAAACAGUCCAGUACAUUAAGAUGAAGAUCAGAGAGGAAUCUUCAGCAGAGAGGACCAUCAAUCUGUUCCACUGUCUCAAUGAACUGAAUGACAACUCUCUAGUGGAGGAAAUCCAGAAUUACCUUAAAUCAGGAAAACUUUCUGAUACAAAGCUGGAACCAGGCCAGUGUUCAGCUCUGGCCUUUGUGUUACUGAUGUCAGAGGAGGGCCUGGAUGAGUUUGACUUGAAGACCUACAACACAUCAGCAGCAGGUCAUCAGAGACUGCUACCAGUAAUCAGGAACUGCAGGAAGGCCAAGGUCCAGGUAGAAAGAGCAGGGUCACCUGUACCCAGCUGUGUGUCUCUGAAGAGUGAUUGUUCAAUGCCACUGCCACACCAUUUCAGAGGAGAGUUCACAGGUGAUCAAAGGGUCCAGGUAGAAAGAGCAGAGUCACCUGUACCCAGCUGUGUGUCUAUGAAGAGUGAUCGUUCAAUGCCACUGCCACACCAUUUCAGAGGAGAGUUCACAGGUGAUCAAAGGGUCCAGGUAGAAAGAGCAGGGUCACCUGUACCCAGCUGUGUGUCUCUGAUGAGUGAUCGUUCAAUGGAACCUCCACUCAAUUUCAGAGGAGAGUUCCCAGAUGAUCAAAGGAUCCAGCAGUCACUGAAGUCCAGCUCUUUUGAAGAGAAGAGUUCAGAUAAAUUAUCUUCCGCAAAAAAGUCUCUCCUGCGCACUUUGAUGAAGCUGAAGAAGGAUGAUAAGUUGAAACAGUUUCAGAGCCAUCUGAGUCAGGAUUGCCCAGAAUGCUUAAAGAGUCUGCCUGAAGAUCCUUCUGUACUGGUUAAGUUUAUGAAGAUGAAGGAAUUGUUCAAAAGUCAUCGAAUUGAAGAUUACCCAGAAUGCAUUGAGAGAGAGCAGAAGGAUCCUGAGGUCCUGUACAUAGUUGACAAGUUGCUGGAGACCUGUGGCAGUGAGAGGUCUCUGAAGAUCACACUCCACAUCCUGAGGAACAUGAAGCAGAAGGAUCUCACUGACUCACUGGAGAGAGAUGAGCAGCGCAAUAAAUCCAUAAAAAUAGCCCAGAAGGCACUUAAAGCUCAUCUAAAGAGGAAGUUUGAAUGCAUAUUUGAAGGUUUAGCAAAGCAGGGCCACCCGACCCUCCUAAAUGAGAUCUAUACAGAGCUCUACAUCUCAGAGGGGGGAAGUGGGGAGGUCAAUAAUGAACACGAGGUCAGACAGAUUGAGACAGCAUCCAAGAGACAAACCACACAGGAGACGGCAAUCCUCUGCAAUGACAUCUUUAAGCCUUUACCUGGACAAGAGAAACCCAUCAGAACUGUGCUUACAAAGGGCAUCGCUGGCAUUGGGAAAACUGUCUCUGUGCAGAAGUUCAUUCUGGACUGGGCAGAAGGAAAAGCCAAUCAGGACAUUGAUUUCAUCUUCUCUCUCCCUUUCCGAGAUCUGAAUUUGAAGAAGGAAACAACUUUCAGUCUGAUGCAACUUCUGCAGCACUACUUUGCACAACUGAAAGAGAUCCAAAGUGUUGAAGGUGAUAAAGUCAAAGUGGUGUUUAUCUUUGAUGGUCUGGAUGAGUGUCGACUUCCUCUAGAUUUCCAAAGAAAUAAGAAGUGCUGUGAUAUAACAGAGGCAUCAUCAGUGGAUGUGCUGCUGACCAACCUCAUUAAGGGGAAUCUGUUUCCCUCUUCUCUCGUCUGGAUCACCUCCCGACCAGCAGCAGCCAAUCAGAUCCCUCCUGAGUGUGUCCACCAGGUGACAGAGAUACGAGGGUUCAAUGACCCACAGCAGGAGGAGUACUUCAGGAAGAGAAUCAGAGAUCAGAACCUGGCCAGCAGAAUUAUCUCACACAUAAAGUCAUCCAGGAGUCUGUACAUCAUGUGUCACAUACCAGUCUUCUGCUGGAUUUCUGCUACUGUUCUGGAGACAAUGUUGGGUGAAACAGAGAGUGGAGAUCUGCCUAAAACUCUGACUGAAAUGUACACACACUUCCUGCUCAUUCAGACUAAUGUGAAGAAUAAGAAGUAUCAUGGCACUGAUGAGACAAACCCAGAGAUCUCAGAGUCAGAUACAGAAAUCAUCCUGAAACUGGGACAGCUGGCUUUUCUACAGCUGAAAAAGGGCAAUCUGAUAUUCUAUGAAGAGGACCUGAUAGAGAGUGGCAUUGAUGUUAGUGAAGCUUCAGUGUACUCUGGGGUGUGCACAGAGAUCUUUAAAGAGGAGUGUGGGUUGUAUCAGGAGAAGGUCUACUGCUUUGUGCAUCUGAGCAUUCAGGAGUAUCUGGCUGCCUUGUUUGUGUUUCAUUCAUGUGUAAAUGUGAACAGAAAUGUACUCAGAGCAGAAGAAUCAAAACCUCACAGUGACAGACUGGAGCUGUCUGAGUUGCUCAAGACUGCAGUGGAUAAGGCCUUAGGGAGUAAGAAUGGACACCUGGACCUUUUCCUUCGAUUCCUUCUUGGCCUCUCUCUGGAGUACAUUCAGUCUUUCUUAGGGGGAAUAAUGACAGGAAGUCGAUCUGAUGGAGAAAGACACAAAACAAGGCCCAGUUUUACUCUAUUUCUCGGUCUAUGGGCAGAAAGCAGAUCACAGAGCAUUGAGAAAACAGUCCAGUACAUUAAGAUGAAGAUCAGAGAGGAAUCUUCAGCAGAGAGGACCAUCAAUCUGUUCCACUGUCUCAAUGAACUGAAUGACAACUCUCUAGUGGAGGAAAUCCAGAAUUACCUUAAAUCAGGAAAACGUUCUGAUACAAAGCUGGAACCAGGCCAAUGUUCAGCUCUGGCCUUUGUGUUACUGAUGUCAGAGGAGGUCCUGGAUGAGUUUGACUUGAAGACCUACAACACAUCAGCAGCAGGUCAUCAGAGACUGCUACCAGUAAUCAGGAACUGCAGGAAGGCCAAGGUCCAGGUAGAAAGAGCAGGGUCACCUGUACCCAGCUGUGUGUCUCUGAAGAGUGAUCCUUCAGUGGAUCCUCCACUCACUUUCAAAGGAGAGUUCACAGGUGAUCAAAGUGUCCAGGUAGAAAGAGCAGGGUCACCUGUACCCAGCUGUGUGUCUCUGAAGAGUGAUCGUUCAAUGGAUCCUCCAAACAAUUUCAGAGGAGAGUUCACAGGUGAUCAAAGGGUCCAGGUAGAAAGAGCAGGGUCACCAGUACCCAGUUGUAUGUCUAUGAAGAGUGAAGCAUCAAUGGGGAAGCUGAUCGACUUCAGAGAAGAGCAUCCAAGUGAUUCAAGGAUCCAGCAGUCACUGAAGUCCAGCUCUUUCGAAGAGAAGAGUUUAGAUAAAUUACCUUCCGCAAAAAAGUCUCUCCUGCGCACUCUGAUGAAGCUGAAGAAGGAUGAAAAGCUGAAACUGUUCCAGAGCCAUCUGAGUCAGGAUUUCCCUGAAUGCUGUCUUGAAGAUCAGAGUCUGCCUAAAGAUCCUACUUGGCUGGAUAAGUUUAUGAAGUUUAUUAAUGAAUUGUUUGACAGUCAUGAAGUUGAUUACCCAGAAUGCAUUGAGAGAAUGUACAUAGUUGAGAAGAUGCUGAAGACCUGUGGUAGUGAGAGGUCUCUGAAGAUCACACUCGACAUCUUGAGGAACAUGAAGCAGAAGGAUCUCGCUGAUUCACUGGAAAGAGAUGAGCGCAAUAGGGGGCCCUGUUUCUAUCUCUCAGAGAAGCCAAAGACCAAAGGAGGAACCCUCAGCAGUGAGAGGAAGAGGGUCCAGGUAGAAAGAACAGGGUCACCUGCACCCAGCUGUGUGUCUCUGAAGAGUGAUCAUUCAAUGGAACCUCAAUUCAAUUUCAGAGGAAAAUUCACAGGUGACCAAAGGGUCCAGGUAGAAAGAGCAGGGUCACCUGCACCCAGCUGCCUGUCUCUGAAGAGUGAUGAUUCAAUGGAACCUCCUCUCAAGAUCAGAAGAGAGUUCACAGGUGAUCAAAGGGUCCAGGUAGAAAGAGCAGGGUCACCUGCACCCAGCUGCCUGUCUAUGAAGAGUGAUCAUUCAAUGAAUCCUCUAUUCAAUUUCAGAGGAGAGUUCACAGGUGAUCAAAGGGUCCAGGUAGAAAGAGCAGGGUCACCUGCACCCAGCUGCCUGUCUAUGAAGAGUGAUCAUUCAAUGAAUCCUCUAUUCAAUUUCAGAGGAGACUUCACAGGUGAUCAAAGGAUCCAGCAGUCACUGAAGUCCAGCUCUUUUAAAGAGAAGAGUUCAGAUAAAUUAUCUUCCGCAAAAAAGUCUCUCCUGAGCACUCUGAUGAAGCUGAAGAAGGAUGAGUUGAAACAGUUUCAGAGCCAUCUGAGUCAGGAUUGCCCAGAAUGCCUUAAAAUUCUGUCUGAAGAUCCUUCUGUACUGGAUAAGUUUAUGAAGAUCAAUAAAUUAUUGGAGAGUCAUCAAAUUGCUGAUUACCCAGAAUGCACUGAGAGAGAGCAGGAGGAUCCUAAUGCCCUGUACAUAGUUGAGAAGAUGCUGGAGACCUGUGGCAGUGAGAGGUCUCUGAAGAUCACACUCCACAUCCUGAGGAACAUGAAGCAGAAGGAUCUCGCCGACUCACUGGAGAGAGAUGAGCAGCACAAUGAAUCCAUAAAAAGAGCCCAGCAGGAACUGAAAACUCAUCUGAAGAAGAAGUUUGAAUGCAUAUUUGAAGGAUUAGCAAAGCAGGGCCACCCAACCCUCCUGAAUGAGAUCUAUACAGAGCUCUACAUCACAGAGGGGGGAAGUGUGGGGGUCAAUAAUGAACAUGAGGUCAGGCAGAUUGAGACAGCAUCCAAGAGACAAACCACACAGGAGACUGCAAUCCUCUGCAAUGACAUCUUUAAGCCUUUACCUGGACAAAAGAAACCCAGAACUGUGCUUACAAAGGGCAUCGCUGGCAUUGGGAAAACCGUCUCUGUGCAGAAAUUCAUUCUGGACUGGGCAGAAGGAAAAGCCAAUCAGGACAUUGAUUUCAUCUUCACUCUUCCUUUCCGAGAUCUGAAUUUGAAGAAGGAAAAAGCAUUCAGUCUAAUGCAACUUCUGCAGCUCUACUUUCCACAAGUGAAAGACGUCAAAAAUGUUGAAGGUGAUGAAGUCAAAGUUUUAUUUAUCUUUGAUGGUCUGGAUGAGUGUCGACUUCCUCUAAAUUUCCAAAGUAAUAAGAAGUGCUGUGAUAUAACAGAGUCAACAUCAGUGGAUGUGCUGCUGACCAACCUCAUUAAGGGGAAUCUGCUUCCCACUGAUCUCCUCUGGAUCACCUCCCGACCAGUAGCAGCCAAUCAGAUCCCUCCUGAGUGUGUCCACCAGGUAACAGAGGUACGAGGGUUCAAUGACCCACAUAAGGAGGAGUACUUCAGGAAGAGAAUCAAAGAUGAGAACCAGGCCAGCAAAAUUAUCUCACACAUAAAGUCAUCCAGGAGUCUCUACAUCAUGUGUCACAUACCAGUCUUCUGCUGGAUUUCUGCUAUUGUUCUGGAGACAAUGUGGGGUAAAGCAGAGAGUGGAGAUUUGCCCAAAACGCUGACUGAAAUGUACACACACUUCCUGCUCAUUCAGACUAAUGUGAAGAAUCAGAAGUAUCAUGGCACUGAUGAGGCAGACUCAAAGAAGAUGUCAGCAUCAGAUACAGAAAUCAUCCUGAAACUGGGGAAGCUGGCUUUUCGACAUCUGGAAAAGGGCAAUCUGAUAUUCUAUGAAGAGGACCUGAGAGAGAGUAGCAUUGAUGUUAGUGAAGCUUCAGUGUACUCUGGGGUGUGCACAGAGAUCUUUAAAGAGGAGUGUGGGUUGCAUCAGGAGAAGGUCUACUGCUUUGUGCAUCUGAGCAUUCAGGAGUAUCUGGCUGCCUUGUUUGUGUUUCAUUCAUGUGUAAAUGAGAACAGAAAUGUACUCCGAGCAGAAGAAUCAAAACCUCACAGUGACAGAGUGCAGCUGUCUGAGUUACACAGGAGUGCAGUGGAUCAGACCUCGGAGAGUAAGAAUGGACACCUGGACCUUUUCCUCCGAUUCCUUCUUGGCCUCUCUCUGGAGUCCAUUCAGUCGCUCUUAGGAGGAAUAUUGACAGAGACAGGAAGCAGAUCAGAGAGCAUCCAGUACAUUAAGGACAGGAUCAGAGAAGAGUCUUCAGCAGAUAGGACCAUCAAUCUGUUCCACUGUCUCAAUGAACUGAAUGACAACUACCUAGUGCAGGAAAUCCAGAAUUCCCUGAGAUCAGGAAAACUUUCUGAAAAAGAGCUGGAACCAGAUCAGUGUUCAGCUCUGGCCUUUGUGUUACUGAUGUCAGAGGAGAUCCUGGAUGAGUUUGACUUGAAGACCUACAACACAUCAGCUGCAGGUCAUCAGAGACUGGUAGCUGUAGUCAGGAACUGCAGGAAGGCCAUAUUGAACAACUGUAAACUCACACAGAAGUGCUAUAAUAUUGUAGCCUCAGCUCUCCAGUCAUCAAACUCACCCCUGAGAGAUCUGGACCUCAGCUACAAUAACCUGGGAGAUUCAGGAGUGGAACUGCUCUGUGCUGGACUGAGGAGUCAAAACUGUAAACUACAGAGACUGGGGCUGGGUUGGUGUAAUCUCACAGAGGGCUACUGUGAUGUUCUGGCCUCAGUCCUGCGUUCUCCUCAAUCAGAGCUGAGAGAUCUGGAGCUCAGAGACAACGAGCUGCAGGAUUCAGGAGUGAGAGCGCUCUCUGCUGGACUGGAGGACCCACACUGUAAACUGCAGAGACUGGGGUUGUCAGGCUGUGGAGUCACACAGAGAGGUUGUGAUUCUCUGGCUUCAGCUCUGUGUUCAAACCCCUCACACCUGAAAGAGCUGGACCUGAGAUACAAUCACCCAGGAGACUCAGGAGUGAGAGCGCUGUCUGCUGCUAAACUGGACACACUCACACUGCUUGUGGACCAUGGAGGAGAGAACAGGACCAAACCAGGACCCAGGAAAUGAAGGCCUACUGGGUUGCUGAAGGUGGAGGGAGAGUGGCAGCCAGAGGAUGGACAGCGGAAUCAGGUGUUAAUUUAUGCGCAUUUUCUAUUUAUAUUUCAUUAGGCUAUUUGUAUUUUCGGAUUUCUGGAAGAAAUUCCGUCUUAUGGGAGGGGGUGUGACGACCCGCCCCCUUUUGGGUUGUUUCUGUUCACUUCUGUUCUUUGUCAUUCUAGUUUGGGAGGCGGCUCAUCAGAGCUGAGGGCGUACACCUGGAUCUGGGCGUGGCCUCCAGCAUAAAGGCUGUUGCCAGUUCCCAGUGCGGUCUCUCUCCAGUCCGCUGCACACUUAAUUAGUUUGUUUAUUGUUUGGGUUCACUCCUUGCAACACACACAACAUAUUCUACACACCCACACUCACUUACACCACUGAUUCUACUGACGCUCGUUUACAUAACAUAGUUGAUGUAUUUCAUUUCUUGACCUUUGUUAAUAAAUUAUUUAAUUAUUUAAUGGUUUCAUGUGUCCCCCAUUCUUUGUUGCAACCUGAGAGCCAGGGGUUGUAACAAAAUGGGGGCUCGUCCUUUAAACUAAUUUCUAAAUUUGGGUAAGCAUUUCUUUGUAAUUUGUUAAUUUGUUGUAUUGGUUUAAUUGAUAGUGCUGUUUGGUCACUUUCAGCCUCAUAUGAGUUCUAUUGGAAGCGUAGGCUGGUAAGUGUAUUGGCUUUUCAUUUGUUUGGCUGUAUAGUCAUUUUGGGUUAAGUUGCGCUAUUUGUUUGGGGGACACUGAUUUUGUUAAGGUCUGUAUGUCCUAAAUUGGAUUAUUGUUUGUGC